GCUAGCUUGUUGUUAGCUACCAACGCUAGCUUGCUGUGCUGGUGUGUGAGGGGAACCUCUGAGGCUCUGCAGCAACAAUGUCUUCAGCUCAGUCUCUGAGAGAGGUGAUCAGAGAGCGGCUAACUGCUGCUGCUGCAGAAAUCUUCUCCGAGUUUGAAAAAACCAUCGUCCACUACGAGGAAGAGAUCGACCGUCAGCGCAGACUGCUGGAGAUCAGCUGGAAACCACAGAUCAACUUACACAGAAUAGAACUCCCACUGCAUUAUGUCAGGACACAUGAGGAGGUUCUGACUGACCAGCAGCUCUGGAACCAGGAGAGGACCUCCAGUUUGGAGCAGGAACAAGCAGAACCUUUACAGGAGGGACCAGAACCUCCACAGAUGAAAGUGGAGCAGGAUGGGCCAGAACCUUUGCAGAUUGUAAAACAAGAGGAGCUCUGCAUCAGUCAGGAUGAAGAGCAGUGUGUACUGAAGCAGGAGACGGUGACCUCCCUUGUGACUCCUGCUGGUGAGGAAAGAGACCACGAUGAAGCAGAACCAGACAGACACCAACUCCUUUUGUCACUGUUUCCUGAGGCUGAGAUCAGAGCUGCUGCUGCUCCGGGGUCAACAGAACUUCCACAGCAUCAUAUCUGGGAAAAAGAAGAGGUUCUGACUGACCAGCAGCUCUCUGACCAAGAGUCAACCUCCAGUUUGGACCAGGAGGAACCAGAACAUCCACUGAUCACAGAGAACCAUGAAGGGCAGUUCCUUUUGAAGCAAAAACAUGUAACCUUCGUAGAGACUUCUUCUUCUAACGAAACAGACUGCCAUGAUCCAGAACCCAACAGGAACCAACCCUUGAGUCAGAAUUCUACAGAAGCAGAGAACCAAGAUCAGGGUGGAUGCAGGAAAGAAAACUCAGAAUCAUACAGCAAUGAAGAACUGACACGUAAUAAAAGACGUCUGCGAAGCGAAGAUCAGAGAGACAAUGUAGAUGUUCAGACACUAAAAAAGAGGGCUCACAUAGGUGAAAGGCCAUUUUAUUGUAAGCUCUGUGGAAAAUCUUUCAGUCACAAGUGUUUUUUAUUUCGUCACAUGAGAACUCACACAGGUGAGAAGCCAUAUCCAUGUAACACUUGUGGUAAAUGUUUUACUGACAGUGGUAACUUGACUACACACAUGAGAACUCACACAGGUGAGAAGCCAUAUCCAUGUAACACUUGUGGUAAAUGUUUUACUGCCAGUAGUGGCUUGAUUUAUCACAUGAGAACUCACACAGGUGAGAAACCAUAUCCAUGUAAAACUUGUGGUAAAUGUUUUACUGACAGUAGUAACUUGACUACACACAUGAGAACUCACACAGGUGAGAAGUCAUAUCCAUGUAAAACUUGUGGUAAAUGUUUUACUUUCAGUAGUAACUUGUUUUAUCACAUGAGAACUCAACACAAGUGAAAAGUAUUUUCCAAGUUUGGUCUGUAUGAGAUUCAACUAGAUAUUUUCUUUAACUUUUCAUGUGAAAAUUCACACUUGAGUUUGUAUACAUUAAAGUGUGUGUGUGUUUUUUUUUUUUCAUAAAGUUGAGAAGAAAUGA